AUGACUUCUUUGCCUCCAAUUCCACGAAGAUUGCAAGAUUUAGUCGAGACAUGUUUUGAAGAUAGUGAACCAAUACUCUCGGUAGAUGAGGCGGGUAUCGAAGUACUCGAUGAGAUUAGAGGCAGUGAUGCUAUCCCAAAUCAAGAGCUUGUUCACCAGUUGCUAUAUCUAGCACUCUAUCCGCCAGGCCCAAGUAAAAAGGAAGUCAAGAAGGUUACAAAAAAGCGUAGAAAUUCAUCUAAACAACAAGUGCCGGAUAUCACGGCCCCAGAACGGAGCGUGGUAUUACUGGCUCUCGACACCCUCUAUCACUUUAUUCGGACAAACGAAGCCCACCACAUAUUAGCAACCCUCCCGUCCUACGAACAUCGUCCGAAUGAUCGUAGUGACACCCUUCAAGAUAACCCAUUAUCAUUUCACGCCACCUGUAUAGCAAGAGCCAAACAUUGUUGGCAAACUCUGAUGCCUGAGUUUAUCUUGCCCAGCGAGCACGAUUCUGAUCCAUCUCAACUAGUCGCUGAUCACGCCUGGGGUGUUCUGGAAUGGCUUUUGGAAGCCUUUUCAAAGGAUUCUAUUGACGCAGGUGGCAAGUCAGUCCUCUUAGCAAGCCAGCUACCUCCUGUAAAUGAUGGGCCAAAGGUGAUGGUUGAUAUACCGCUGGAUAUAAUUGCAUCGUGCUUUCAUGAGCCGUUAGAGAUGCAAAAAGUCGAAUGUGCGGCCAAACUCUUGGAGCUGGUGCGUUCCAUCUAUCUUGUCGUUUUUGCUGUCACUGAGCUCGACUUGCAUUUCAAGCUCGUCCAAUUGACUAAAUCGAAUCCCCCUUUGCUCGUACCUGAUCGACUGGUCACAGAAGUUUGUCGUCGGUUGAGUAGAAUGAAACCUAUGGGGUUCUCGAGCUUGUUGAUGGGAAUAACAGAUACCGAGUUUAGGUUUGCUUUGACCUGGAUGUUUAUAUCUAAACACUCUAUAGGGGAUAAAGGCGUAAAGUCUUCACUACCCCUUCAAGCACUUCCAAAUACUCGUCCAGUGAAGCUGCCACCUGUUUAUACUCGGCCGCCCAUAGAAGAAGCCUUAAAGCUCCUUCAGCUGGAUGCGAAUGUCCAAGAUCAACCCCAAGAAACAGAGGAAAGUGAAGACGAUUAUCUUCUUACAAGGUUGGAACAGUUGACACAACACGCAACAGCCAAAUUGUGCAUUCUUGGCGCAUUAGAGGGUUGUGUCGCAGUAGGAGAAGGACAAACAUGGCAAAGUCUGGUUCAGAGUGGAGUGAUUCGACGAAUUGUCGAAGCCGGUUUCAAGUAUGGAGAUGCAUCGGAGAAAGAAGUGGCGGCCAUUCGGCUCAAUGCACGGGCCUAUGUGGACUGUUGGGAAAGGUUUCAGUCCAGAAUCGGAUCGGAAUCGCCAUCACAUGGAGAAGACAAGGAAGAUAAGGGGACCAAAUCACCUUUUCAAGAUAUCCACGCCAUUCCCAGAAGGACAUUGUUGAGCCUGUACUCGCCUGUCACGGCUACGGGAGCUGACUGCGACACUGUGUGGGCUCGAACGGUGCAACAUCUCUGA